AUGUCUAAAAAGAAACUGAAGAAAUUAACAGCAAAGGAAGACUGUUUGGAUGGCCGGGAUGACAAAAACUCUGAAGACACAAGAUUUUACAACCCUUCUGUGAAAGGAGAUGCAGAAGUUCAGAGAUUCAAAAUAGAGAAAGAUGGACAAGAGAAGCAGCGAGACCAAAGUUCUAAUAUUUCUCAUGGCGCUGAUGGAGGAUCCCAAGGAAAAUCUCCAAAUAGAAGCAAAACCACAAACAAUUCUUUAAUCCAAACUGAAAAGCAAAAGAGAAUAGUUAUCCAAUUUAAAGCCAAAGAAAUUAAACAUGGAAAAAGUACACGCACUCCUGAUGUAGUGUCUACUAGCAGGGAAAGUUAUAACAAAAGUCGUUUUGAUGGAACAGAAGGAAAAAGACUCUGGCAUAGCUUUGCAGUUCAGAGAGACAAGGCACUGAAGAAAAAGAGAGAGAAAGGUGAACUCUGCAAACUAAAGUUAAAAGCAGAACAAACGAUGUUGGAGAAAUUUAAGUUACCUGCGUACAGUUCACAUGUACCCCAUAAAAAGGCAGAUGGAUCAAAAAAACAGAGUGAAGAUGUCAGAAUUCCAAAAAAGCCGUCUGACACCUCUACAGGGACUGUGCACGAUGAUAGGCCUUUCACUAGGAAGCCAAAUACAUUAUCUAAGACUUGGGAAGAAGAGUAUGAAGAAUAUAAGGAGUUUUCUAAGAAAAAACGGGAUAUGAAUGAACAUACACCAUUGCACUAUUCAACUGAAAGAGCACAAAGGUGGGACUCUUGUAAGCGGAAAAAACAGGAUGCUGAUUCUGAUAAAGCUACUGGUAAUUCAGAGACUGAAGAAAGAGACUUUGAAGCCACCGCAUUACGUUUUAAGCAGAAUUUUGAGGUGCCAUGCACGUCUGACUCCUGCCAAGAAGGUGAGGACAUAAAGUCUGUCCAAAAGAGCUUUGAAGUCUUUCCACCCCUUGAAGACAGUCAGGACCCAGAAACAGACCAAGAGAUGCAGAUAGUUGAAGAUCUGCAUGUUGCUCGUGUUCAGAAGAGGAUGGCACUGUCUGUAGUGCAGACUUGUGGAGAACUUACAAGUAUGGAAAUAGACCUUCCAGAACAAGAUUUAAAUAUUUCUGCUGAGACUUUUACUUCUGGUCUGAACAUACUAGUGGUGAUUGACACAAAUAUAAUGAUUAGUCACCUUGAGUUUGUCAAAUCCCUGAAAUCUGAGGAUAUACCAGGCGUUGGCAGACUUGCGUUAAUAAUUCCCUGGGUCGUUCUACAAGAGUUGGACAACUUGAAGAAGGGGAAAAUGUUGCAGCAUGUUCGGGACAAAGCUAUCCCUGCAGUCCAGUUCAUCUACAUGUGUCUCAAAAACCAAGAUUCCAAAUUGUGGGGGCAAUCCAUGCAGCUUGCUUCUCAAAAAAUAUAUGGCCUGAGCGACGAGAAUAAUGACGAUCGUGUUUUACAAUGUUGUCUGCAGUAUCAGAACCUCUUUCCUCAAGCUGUUGUCAUACUCUGCACGGAUGAUAAAAAUUUAUGUAAUAAAGCCAUUGUGAGUGAGGUCAAGGCAUUCUGCAAAGCUGAUUUGGUUACUGCUCUGCAGAAUCUGAAUGUAAACAGGCACCAGAACUGUGUUGAGCUGCAACAGUCCAAAUGUGAUACAGAAUUUGGGAAAACAGAAAGAGGUGAUGCUAGUCUUACUGAGCAAUUUCCAAAUAUACUUCCAGACCUUGAGAAGAACUUAGGAGAAGCUUUAUCUUGUAUUUUGGAGACCGAAAUGAAAAUUGCAUUUGGAAACCUAUGGAUGGAGAUACUGUAUCUGAAGCCACCAUGGACAUUAGCAAACUUGCUGAAGUGUUAUAAAAAACACUGGAUGGCUGUUUUUGGUUAUGUUGUGCCAAGGAGUUUAAUUUCAACCGUUGAAUGUCUCUAUAAACACCUUUGUACAG